UCAGUGUAUCACUGGGCAGAAGUGAAUGUUAAAAUGCGAGUAAUGGGAUUAGGCAAAGCCAAAGAUGUACAGAGACUAAAUGAACAAAUGGCAACUGAACUUGGAGCAGAGCUUCUUGGAGAGGCUAUAAUUUUCUUUAUUGCAGCAGCUACAAUAUAUGUAGAGUACCAACGCUCUGCCAUGAAAGAGCAGGUGAAAGAAGAAGAAAAAACACAAAAAGUUCGUAGACUUGAAUACCGUAUUCAAGAACUAGACAUAGUAACAGACCAGCAAGAAGCUCGUAUCCGUGAAUUAUCAAGAAUAGUCCUUGAUAUUCAAUCUAAAUUAUGUGAUGUAAAGUCUUCAGAUGCUCCCUGGUUUCGUCAAAAAAAAUAACUGAUUAAUAAUUGUCUUUCAAAUUUAAUAUCAUUUUAGGAUAUCAUUAAUUCUAAAGCUAUCUACUAUAAUGUUACUUUGUUCUGGUGAAUUUGUUAGCUAUGAAGACAAAUUCUCCAUUUUACAGUAGUACUGGCAGCUUGACAAGCUUCUUCAUUUCCAAAUAUUAAUUUCCAAUUACUUUUCUGUACAUAAACCAAAACUAAAUUUCUAAAUUAUUUCGUACACUUUGAGAAGCUUGAAACUUGAAUCUGAUUGUUUAAAUUCCUGUUAUAAAUUAUAUUUUUCUGACACAUU